GCGAGGAAUGCGGCGCGGCGGAUGGCCAGCUGGCGAGGCGACAGACCAGCGACAGUAGCGCCGACUGGCGGCCUGAGCGAGCACUACGAGCAGCAGCACAGUCAGAUGGAGGAGACGGUUCUCAGCUGAUAGUGUGCGGUUGCGGUUGCGGUUGCGGUUGCGUUUGCGGUGUGUAGCGUGAGUGCGCCGAGCGAGCGAUGCGGCGAUGCAGCAGCAGCCAGUGAACGCGUCGCCGGCCGCGACCGGAGCGACCGGCACGGCAACUGCGGCGACCAGCCACGUGAACGGCGGACGGUUCGACUUUGAUGACGGCGGCACCUACUGCGGCGGCUGGGAGGAUGGCAAGGCGCACGGCCAUGGCGUCUGCACGGGCCCCAAGGGCCAGGGCGCCUAUUCCGGCUCCUGGCACUUCGGAUUCGAGGUGUCCGGCGUCUAUACCUGGCCAAGGGCUUGUCUCAGCGGGAGCGCAUUCGAAGGCCAAUGGCAGAACGGCAAGCGACACGGGCUGGGCGUGGAGUCGCGAGGACGCUGGCUGUACCGCGGCGAGUGGACUCAGGGCUUCAAGGGGCGCUACGGCGUCCGCCAGUCAUCCACCUCCAACGCCAAGUACGAGGGCACCUGGGCCAACGGUCUGCAAGACGGCUAUGGCUCCGAAACGUAUGCUGAUGGUGGUACAUACCAGGGCCAAUGGCUGCGGGGCAUGAGACAUGGCUACGGCGUGCGAAACAGCGCGCCGUUUGGCCUGGCGUCGCACUACCGACCGAACAAGAGUCUGCGGGCGUCGCUGACGUCACUACGCAGCGAGGGAGGCGCAGGUCUGCCCGCUGGAGCCGAGGCGGCCGCCGAACGUGACCGCCGAGUCGACGAUUCGCGCGGCGGAUUCGUGCUGAAGGCGCGAAGUGACGAACCACCCGCGCGUCGUCGCUCGCUCGUCGAAAAGUCCACCAACAUCAAGAAGUCCAUUCUGUCAGGACUGAAGAUAAGGAAACAACGAAGUACGGGCGACCUUGAGAAACGGGGGACGUCAGGAGGCUCGAUUCGAAGUACAGGCUCGAGCACCUCCUGGGUUUCCACAGAGUCUUCGCAUUCCGGUAUCACGUCUGCUUCUAUGCACACAGACUCAAAUGCUAGUUUUGUGGUCGAGGAUGAGCAUUUGGACGGUAGUGUGACAGAAACGUACAUGGGAGAGUGGAAGAACGACAAGCGAUCAGGCUUUGGGAUCAGUGAGCGAUCCGACGGACUGAGGUACGAGGGGGAAUGGUUCAACAACAAAAAAUACGGUUACGGUGUGACCACGUUUCGCGACGGCUCCAAAGAAGAAGGCAAAUACAAGAACAAUGUGCUGAUCACGUCGCAGAAGAAGAAACAUUUAUUCCUAAUUAGAUCAGCCAAGUUUAGAGAGAGGAUAGAUGCCGCUGUCAACGCCGCACAACGAGCUUCGAAAAUCGCCCUGCAGAAGGCCGACAUUGCCAUCUCAAGAACAGCAACUGCAAGAGGAAAAGCGGAGCUGGCUGACAUAGCUGCCGACCAAGCACGAGAGGACUACGAAUUGGCGCUUGCCACUGCCAAACAGUUUGCGCCUGACUUCUCGCAGCCAGGAUUAGAAAAGCUGAGAAAUAGAGAAAUUCCAAAAUUCCGACCGCCUCCAGAGGACGCAAUGCCUGGAAAAUCGAUACUGCACAAAACGACAGCCUCCGAAGGAAGUGUGCCCAACACACCUACACUCACCGUUCCAAACCAGAUGCCACAUGUGCAGAUGCCGAGCUACGACAACACAUCGCAGCACAUGAAAUCGCAACAUCCCCAAAGUAUUCCCUCCCAGCAGUACCCUAGUCAAUCGCAACAGUCAAGCAUACAACAACAACAACAGUACCAGGCGCAACAACCGUACCAGUCACAACAACAGUAUCAGCAACAACACUCGCAGUACAGCUCACCCCAAUUCCAACAACAGCAAUCGGUCCAACAACAGUAUCCUUACCCUCAACAAAGCCAGACGCAGCAGUACCAGCAACAACCGUCAUCAGGUUCCAUUGACCAACAGUCAUGGAGUCAACAGUCGACCGACCAGAGACUAUCCGAGGAUCUGUCGAGCGCCUCCCAGCAGAACAAGGCCGGUCUCCGAAGGAAUUCCAAACUGGUCUCGGGAGACAACCCAGCAUACAACUUCCAGCAGGCGAUGAGCGAUCACUUUGACCACUAUAAGCGACCGCCGAGCAGAGACAGCAGUGUGGACCGCUACAGUCGCGCGGCCAGCCGGCUCGGAGGCGGUGGCGGUUCACGACAGCCGUCCGUCGACAAGACGUCCUUGUCCGGCGACGCCCCGGCGGACCGAGGUAUGAGGGCGCCCUCCCUGCCACGGGGUACGACGCCUGUUCCCGCCACGGGCGCUGGAAACGGGGCGGCCAUCGGGGCCGGAAUGAGUGUUGCUCCGCCUCCCGUCAGUCAGCCGCCUCCGCCCUUCGAGGAGGUCAUCAUUCGGAAGCGGGGCCUCGGCCAAGACAUUGUGCCCUCACCCCAGGGACAGCCCAAGCGCACCGAGUCCCUCUACAUUUCUCCCUCCGCUAAGCCCCCUGCUGUUAAGGACUGGUUUUCAAGACAACAACUAGUGAUGCUGGUGCUGUUUGUGAACAUCUCUCUAGCGAUAAUGUUUUUCAAGCUGCUGACGUAGUAGUGGCUUUUGCCGCGCUGACCUGGAAGUCAGCAGAAUGCCGUCGUCGUCCCGUCGCCGUCACCGUCGAGAACCUAGAACGCUGCGCUCCGAGUUCUAAUAAAGCCUUCGAUCGAAUGCGAGAAUAUUUUUAUUGAAUUUUCAAGACAUGGUACACUUCUUCAUCAAUCACCCCAGAGCGGAGAACGGUGAAACGGAAGACCGAAUGCUCUGUGAAACGUUUCCAGCGUGAAAUACUCUUGAACUAUGAUACAUUUUCCUCCCUGUGAAGAUUGUCCCUGAAAUGUGCCUACUUCAACUUCCGAAGCCUGUUUUAUUGUUUUGUUUUCGUUCUAUCAUCGUAUCAUAAACACGUUCUCAUCAAAUCUCAUUAGAAAAACUGAAUUUGUUGUGUUGUACAGGUAUGUUACCUAAUGCAUCUUCAUCGCGAUUGUUAAAUUUGUUUGUCAUAUUAGUGUCGUUCAUAGCUUUCAUCAUGCUCUUAUAUUUAUGAUCAUUCUUUCAUCAAAUUCCUAUCAUCACCAUUAUUGUUAUUAUAAUUAGGUACUUUAUCAUAUUUUCGUGUCAUGACAUUAUAUACAGUACGCAAUUUUUUAUGCAUGCUAACCGCAUAAUAUUUCAAUUAUAUUAUAAUAAUAUAGUGGAUUUUAUAAUAAAUUUUGGAAAUCGAAGCUUGACUUUCUUAGCAAGAUGAUAAAUAAUUGAAGCCUUGAUGCCUUUUAUUCAAAAAAGCGAAAUUAUAAAAAUUACCGAGAUCAUUAUUACUUAGGCUAUUGAAUCGCCUAGCUGCUUUAUAAGAAUAUUUUAUUAUUGAAUUUAGUUGGUGAAAGUCACGUUUCAAAGGGAAGGGAACAUUGGCGAAUUCCCAUAUUCAUGGGAAUAUUAUGAAUAUUUUAUAUAAGUUACCCUAAUGUAAAUAUUAUAUACAGUAAUAAUUAUUACAAAGUAAAAGUUUGCAAAAAUGUGUACAUGGAGCCAAUUAAAUUGAAUUAUAUAGUUAAUGUGUAAAUAGGUUAUAAUAUUUAUUAAUUAAAAACUUAUAGCUGGAAUUUUCACUUCAUAAAACUAAGUUGAGAACAUCUUUCGAAGGUGAACCCAUAUUAAAGUCAGAGUAAUAUCAGUUCUUUAUGGUGAGAGUAGCCUCUAUUUCAACAAACUGUUGAUAUGUGCCUUUCUACUAGACUGGAAGAAUGAAGGAACUCAUAUCCUGGAGGUUCUUACAUAUUCAGUUAUGUUAUCUGUUGGCGAAUCUGUUAUUUAUUCCAUAAAAAAUCUGAAAUUAUUUUAGGGUUUGCUAUGGAAGUACCGUAUUCUGUAGAAUUGAAGUCUCUUCUUGGUCAUGAAGUGAACGUAAUAAUUCUAAAAGUUUAGCUCUCAGAAAGCACAGGGAACAUCUCAGUAAAUAUUAUUGGAAUGAAGUGAUUUUUGCAGUUUUUCAGUAUUCAAUGACAACUAAUUACAUCUUGCCAAAUCAAAUGUGUUACAAUCAACUUCCAUACGAAAAUAAUGAUUUAUUACUUUGAAUCUUUGAGGAUUUAUAGCACAAAGAAGUAACAUAUUAAAAUCUAGCUUAAUUAUACACUGUUUCCAUUGAGCUAUUCGUAAAAAAUGUAUAAAAUAUUUAAUAUAUAUUUUGGCUAUAACUUUCAAACUUGGAAAAAGCUUGGAUAAAUUAAUUACAUACUGUCUAAAAAAUUUUUAAUGAAGUUUAUACAAUAGAUAUUGCAAUUCUUCUUUAAAAUAUAAAAUCCAUUAUUUUUACAAGGAAAAUAAAACUAUAGAUUUUUGACCAAAUAUUGAAGUACUGUUCUUGUAAAUUUGACUUGUUCAGAUAUGAAUAACUUUUUUAUAAAAAAAGCAUUCAAGAUCUUGAAAUAAAGCUAUCUUUUAAAAAAAGAAAUACAAAAUGAAAUAUUGUCUUCUGUUUGAUUACCAAUGACCUAGUACUAUGUGUGUCAAGCUCUUCAAUAGUGGCUUUCAGAUAUAUUCUGAUUUUGGGUUCAGUGCUGCGUUAUACCUACAAGAGGGAAUAAACAAGAGACAGACAAUUUUUAGGAAGGAGAAUUAACUUCAGAAUAUCACAGAUAAUAUUAAAAUUUAUGAGGAAUCAGCAUGCUCGAUUCCAAGGAAAAUUGAAGAGAUUGUGGCUCAUAUAUUCAAUUUAGACAAGAUGCUUUCUCUUAUUUCAUGAUUGAAGAUUCUAAUUAAUUUUGAAUGAAGAGCGUAGAUACGAUAAAUAUUAUGGAUUUAGAAAGCACAGAAGUAUUGAAGACUGGAAAUUGUCCAGAAUCACACAUUUUUCUUGACUAACCGCACUAGAAUGCUGGACAAAUCUUUAAAUCAAAAUAUAUAUUUUAGGUGACUCGAAAAUUACCAAUAAACUUGAUAAAUUUUGGAUGUGCAAUCUCAUGAGUUUUGAAGGCACAUAAUAUUUCACAUGGGGUAUCCCUUCACAUAAAGUUUAUGACCCUGUUUUGUAUCUCAUGGAUGACAACCGGGGUUGUAAAAGUACAGUAAACGCAGUGUGGGAGGUUUUCAAUCACCAUAAAAAGGGGACUCAAUUUCAAGGAAACAGACGGGAAGAGAAGAUUUCCACAGGAAUAGAAUUAACAACCCACAUCUGUAUUCACAGUUGACUUUUACUCUCCAUUCAAAACAUAAUAUACAUUUUCCUCUACUCAUAUUUACAGAUUGAAAUAACUUAAGCUAGCAUUAUUCUACCUGAUAAUUAUUUACAAUAAUACCCCUAGUCAACUUCAUCCAUUUUGAUUACUUAAUAUUAUAUGAUUCACAAAUUGUUUUAAUGAAAAUUCACGAAUAUAAAAAAGGAAAAUGUUCAAAAAAGAUGAGUAAACAAGACUUGGCACUUACUAAAUAAGAAAACAUGUUAGAUUAAUAGUGAUUCAAGUGACACAAAAAACAGAGUAGAAACAUCAAAAAUAUUAUUCUUACAAUAUUAGUUUCAAGUGGUCUAUUAUGGAUAUAAUAUGUUCUCUUUUAAGAAUUGAAGCAAAUUCAUCACCGAGAAAAUGAAAUGGUCUAUAAAGCCUAGUCAUAUCAUUCAAAGUAGCCUAAUAGUAAAUUUUGGAGGCCAAAUAUUUCAUGGUGAUGGGUUUUCGGUUCUGCUUAAAACAAAGUGAAUAAAUGGAAAUCAUUGUUCUGUAUUUUCGAAUUUAGUUUAAAUACAGCAACCAAAAACUAAAAAAGGAUUACUUUUUUAUGGCAUUCACGAUUUACCUCAAGGAGGUGAUUUCUUAUUUGGAAAUAACAUAUUUGGUACAGGUUUAUUGAAAAAUAUAAUAAUUAAUAACAUCACCGGACACGUACAAAAGAAGUUGGAAAUGAUGUUGAUUUGAUUGUAGCCUAAUAUUAACAAAUAAAGCUCAAAAAACACUUCUUAAAAAAUGGAUGUCUGACUCAUCUCAUUGAUGAUAUUAUGGACUUUGUUAACUGCUUAUUGAUAAAUCAAUCUCUUAGUGUCAUGAAAAAAAUAAUUUGUAGUGGAAAAGCUAGAAUUUAGGAGUUGAUAUUGGAGAGAAUUUUAAAUUAACUGAUAACUUCCAAGGGAUCAUGUUUAAUGGGAACAGAAAUUUUACAUGGACUUGGUAGAAGUAAAUCGAUAUGAAAUAUACUGUAUUUUACAUUGAUUUCAAUAGACGAUAAUCCAAGAGCAGUCUCCUUGACAAAUACCUGCAUGAUCAGAAAUUUUAAACUUUAUUUAUAGUGAAUUCCACACUGUUCAAGCAUUCUGCUUCAGGUCUCUAUGCAUAAAAUAAUAGAUGGAAAGAAAGCAACGUUCAUGCAGUCCAAUGAUUAUCAUCAAUCAGUAGUGAAAUAAUUACUGCAUGAUUCUCAAUCAGAGAUGAGCAGAUCAAUUUUGAAAUUCAAGAAUGAAUUUACUAAAUUCCAUCAAUUUAUUAUCAAUCACUCUAUUACUACAACAACAGUAAUUGAUUCUCAAAUAAAUAUCAGGCCUAUCACAUUAAAGAAAAUGAAAACAAAAACACAUUAUCUUAACAUAAUUGAAAAAAAGUUAUUCUUCUUUUUUUAAAAGAAUGAGAUGCUUGAUAAAGAUACCUCGAAUAAUAAAAUUUCUAUAAUCAAUAGAUUUUCACAAAAAAAA